AGUCGGCAGCGGCAGCGUCGUCGUGCCGAGCGUCUUCAGCAGGAUGCACCGAGCGUGAGUGGGCGUCAUGGAUGUGCCGUCGCUUCUCUGAAACUCCACUUCCACCGACCACACUUGCUUCAGUCACUCGCCGCCACAAUGCCGUUCCUUCCGGUCAAGUUCACCCUGCAGAAGCGGGUGAAGCUUGCUCAAGGGCUGUGGAUGCUCUACUGGCUGUCGGUCAUCGUCGGCAUCCUGGUGUUCAGCCUGGGCAUCUUCUUCAAGGUGGAACUGCGGAAGAGGAGCGAGCUGAUGGACAACAACGAGAGCCACCUGGUGCCCAACCUGCUGAUCCUGGCGGGGGCGCUGGCCUGCGGCGUCAACGCUCUGGGCGGCAAGGUUUGCCAUGACUCGCUGGACCCCGGGCGGUACACCCGCUGGAAGCCUGUGCUCAAGCCCUACCUGCUGGGCUGCUGUGCGUUCAACCUGCUCCUCCUGCUGGUGGCGCUGCUGUGCUUCCUCAUGCAGUUCGCCGUCUACCUGACGCUGGCCGAGGGCCUGAGGAACGGGAUCCGCUUCUACAAGGACACCGACACGCCAGGACGCUGCUUCAUGAAGAGGACUCUGGAUUUGACUCAGAUCGAGUUCCGUUGCUGUGGCAACAACAACUUCCGGGACUGGUUUGAGAUCCAGUGGAUCAGCAACCGCUACCUGGACAUGAGCAGCGACCAGAUCAAAGACCGCGUCCUCAGUAACGUGGAGGGGAAGUUCUUGAUGGACAGUGUCCCCUUCAGCUGCUGCAACCCCGGCUCGCCCCGACCCUGCAUCCAGCACCACCUGACCAACAACACGGCCCACUACGACUACGACCACCGGACAGAGGAGCUCAACAUCUGGACACGAGGCUGCAGGGAGGCGCUCUUCUCCUACUACAGUGGCAUGAUGAACGGCAUCGGGGCCCUCAUCAUCGCCACCAUCCUGCUGGAGUCUGCAGACAUGGCAGGGCUCCGGUACCUCACCACGGCUCUGGAGUCGAUGUCGGACCCCGAGAGUCCAGAGUGCGAGAGCGAAGGCUGGCUGCUGGACAAAGGAGUGAAGGAAACGUUUGCUGACCUUCUGGUCAAGAUCAAGACACUUGGGAAAGGCAACCAGGUGGAGGAAGGGGCUGAGGAGGCCAGCUAAAGCUCCGGGGCCCCGAAGAACUGAGACCCUCCCACACACUCAAGCGCACACGCGAGACGUCCCUUCCAUGCAACUGUGAAUAUACUGCUGUAAAUACAAUGAACAGAUUUUAUUUUUAACUUUAAAUGAUCUUUUCUCACCCUUUGGUCGUCCCUCCGAAUCAAGCAGAGAAUCAGGGACCGUGUCGGGCUGUGAGCAGGAUGUUAGUUAAUCCAGAUGAUGAUGUGCUGUAGUGCGGAUUUUCCAGUCGCCGUCAUGUUUUGUUGUGUAACACUGAUAAAGACGAUGCUACACUG